UAAACAGACGAAAAUGUCAGAAAUUGCAGAAAUUUACUUAAAAAUAUUUUAAAUGUCUAGUGUUUUGGACAUGUUUAGGAAAGGCACCAAAGAUGGGGACUUAAAGAAAUCCGUACAAAAAGUAUCGGACCCGAAGAAAGAUGCUCUAACGAGAUUGAAACACCUUCGACAUGUACUUGAUAAUUACAACAUAUCAGAGGCAAAGAGUUUCUUUGAAGCCAAUUACUCACAUAUCUACUUCAUAUUUAAUGACAAUUUUUCAACAGUAGAGGCAGAUCUGAAACAAAGAGCCAACAGAGCCCAUCGAGAGGAACUAGAUGGAAUUCUGUUUGUCUUUGAGAAAAUACUCACACUCUUACCUGAACUGAUACACAAAAGAUGGAUGUUUCACAGCAUUGGGAGAAUACUAAAGAAAUUAUUGCAUCCAGGAAAUGGUUUAAAGAUUAGAAAAGAUGGCAUCAGACUGUUCCUGCUCUGGUAUCAGAUAUUAAAUGAGAAUGCUUCAGAGGAAUGCCAUGAUAUAUUCCUGCAGCUAGUGCCGGGCCUGGGAAAUGGCAUCCACCAGGAUGUUUUAUAUGGAAGAUCCCCUUCAGCAUCAGAAAGUUGCAGUGGGAUGAUUAUGUCAGGGGACAUAACUCCAAUUUUACCUGGUAGUGGAGAAAAGUUGCCAGAAAAUAUAACAAAACAUUAUUUUGAUGCUGUACUUUACUACAUGGUUUCUGAGGUGAUCAAAAUUGAGUGGGAAAAUAAAGGCAUGAGGGAGACCUGCUUUGUAUUUCUAUUUGAUAAUUUUAAGUCCUCCUAUUUAAUGUGGCUACUACCAACCUUUGAUAAAGGUGGAGAUAUUUAUAAUCCCAAAUUAGAUUUGCCUGAGUCUAGGAGAGUAUCAGAGCUGGAAAGCCAUGAUAUGCCUGGUAAUGUAUCAGACUGUCGCUACUCAUUCAUCAAGUGGUUGGCUCACUUUGUCUUCAUCUCCAAGCAAAAUGACAAAGCCAUAGAGAGUCAGGUUCCUGAGACAGUUGGUUCAGAGGAGGACAUAACAGCCACUGACCAACCAAUGGUGACAACAGCAGAAAACAUGCCAGGAAGUAACGCAAGCACACUGUCCACGGGUUCACAUCACUCUGAGCUCGAUUCCAUGACAUCUAGUCUCUGCUAUGAGGAGUGGGAAGAUGAAAAUGAGAUUGUUCGAUCAGUUUUAUUUUCCAGUCGGGAGAACAUUAAUAUUAUUCAUGAAUCCUUUAGACAGGCAUUUUUGUUUUCCUUGAACCAGUCUAAAUCAAUCAAAACAGUCAUCAGUGUUUACAAGGACUGGUUUCAGCAUGCUGACCAAAAACCUAUCUUCAUGCAAGAACCCUCCGAUAUAGGCUUUGGUCAUGCACCAGAAUAUCACCAUAGCAGCUUAUCUGAUAUCUUGGAGGAGGAUUCUUCAGAUGAAUCUGCUCCUCAGACUAAAGAUCUCUCCAAGUCCCUACCAUCACUAGAUUCCAUUAACAACUCUCGUAUCCGGAAUGCCUCUUAUCUUGGGGCCAUCUGCGACCUUGCAGAUGGAGGAAGGUUAAAUGAUGUCAGAGCAGGAAUACAGAAAGUCCUGCAAGUCUUCAUUGUUAAUUCAGCCAAUGUGUUUCUACUGCAAACUGAUGACAAGAAUGCAAUGUCAGAACAGGUUGAUUUAUGCAAGAAAAUUAUAAACAUCUACAGAUAUCUAGUCAUGAAUAUUAAGAUGGAACAGAAAACAUGGGAGAAGAUGCUACAGGUGCUGCUGUGUAUAACUACAGGGGUUUUGGGAGAUGUUCCUAUCUUUGACAAGAGGGCCACUGAUCUUCAAAAAAGACUGGCAACACCAAUAUUUCAGACAAUCAUUGUGACAUGGAUAAGAGCCAAUCUGAAUGUGUGUGUGAGUGGUCAGUUGUGGGACCAGUUCCUGGAAGUAUUGUCCUCUCUAUCUGGCUGGUCGGAACUCAUCAGACAAUGGGCGAACACUAUGGACACGCUGACCAAAGUUUUGGCCAAGCAGGUGUAUGGACUUGAUCUGACAGAUCUGCCACUGCAGCGACUGACGGAACAAAAAGAGAAGAGACGGAGAGGAAAGAGUCAAGAUAUGCCAAGGAACAAGAACAAUGAUAAAAGUUUUUCUCGCUCGUGGGGUAAAAAUGAACCUCCCAGUGACAAGGCUUUUACCAAUACUGCUGUCCCAUUUGAAAGGGGAAAAUACAAAAGUGAUGGUGCUGGUGGUAGUAAGGCUAGGCCUGAUUUAAGUAAGCAGCGUUCCCUGAGUGGGGAGCCCUCCCCCUCCCACUCCCGCCAGCCCUCCAAUGCCUCAGACUCAGCACUCUAUAUAAAGAGCAGCAGUGAUGGAAACCUGGCUGAUCCCAAAGAUCUGGUGGAGAGACUCAAAGGUGUGACCUCAGCUGAGAUGAGAGAGAAGCAUGAUAUGAUCACAAAUAUACCUGCAUGUACAGUCUCUGUAUCCAGCACAUCUGAAAGCAUAGAUUCCCCUGCCCCUGAGGACCUGGAGGUGGCGAAGUUGAGUAUGCAGAAUCUCCAGAAUGAGGCAGACAUUGACAGUAUCAGUCUAGAGCGCUCAGAACAAGAUGUCUCCUUUAGAUAUUCUAGAUCUCCCUCCCCAGCCUCCAUCCACUCAGACAGUCCCUCCCCCAUAAGUGAGCUGACUGUACACCAACAACAGAAGGACUGCCCCACCCCAGAUAGGGACAGUCUACACAUUGAGAUGGCAGCUACCACCACAGAUGGUUCUAUAGAAUCCAAAGAAUGUACAGAUGACAUGAGAAGUGUGUUAGCUGGAGGGACAGUGCAGGGCUGGCUACCAGAUAAUUCUGUAGUUCUGUGGAGGAGAAUGCUAGGAAUUCUGGGAGAUGUGAACCAGAUUACAGACUCUGAGAACCAUGUCAUGGUGUUUGAAGAACUCAGUAAAAUUUUAGACACACUUCAUAAGAUUCGGAAUAACUUAGGUGUGUCAGAGGAUAACACAUUUUCUCCCCCGACCCCUGAAUACAUCCCUCCCACCACGACGAUCACACCUUGGGAGUUUGAGUGUUUGACAUUAUCAGAUGACUUUAAGAAAGGUAAACUCCUAGCUUAUCAGCUUCUGUGUCAGACAGUGGUCAGAAGACAUGACCUCCCCCUCCCUCCAGAAUUACUUUCCCAGUUCUACAUGUGCCUCCACAAAGGGAUUGGUUCAACAGACCAGGAGAUUGUUAAUGUAUUGGUAAGACACUGUGGGCCCCGAUUCUUCUCGAUGCCAUUACAGAGCUCCACCUUACUUAUAAAAAACUUCAUCCAGGCAGCUGGAGUGGUUCUGUCAUCUCCAGAUCUCAGACAGACUCCUAGAUCAGAGGCCCUUUCUUUAAUAGGGAGUUUAAUGUGUUUCCCUAACCACUACCAGGACAUACAAGUACUGAAUGUUGGGGAUCUGUCUGUAGAGUCUUUGUCCUGUAACACAUUCAAGGAAUCCAUAAUUAAUCAACUUUUACACAGUGGAAAGAAAGAAUCAGCAGAAACUGCCAGGUGUAUAGCUUUAAGCAGUAUUGGUAUAUAUUUAUAUGAAGAGUUGUGUCAUCAGACCCUUCAUGCCAAACUUCACGAGGCUGUGAUUGUAUUACUUGGAAACCUUAGGUGCAAAAACAAAGUAGUUGCUAAAACAGCAACUGAUGUGCUAUCAAUGUUGUGUGAUCAUACCGAACAGUUGUUAAACUACCAUGCAGCUUUACCAAAGCAUAUAAUAGAGGUUGUGACUGCUACAGUGUCUGCCUUAAUCCCCCUGACAGGACUGGAGGUGUCCCAGGAUGAGAGGAGGCUGAUAGUUGGCAUGUUAUUCUGUGUUGUGGAGUGGUGUAUGAAGAUGCCAAUCUCUCUUGUUCUUGAAACAACAGAUACAGACAGAAGUUGUGUAUACAAAGUGUUCCAGGUGCUGGAUGUGGCCGUGAAGGGCCAUAGUACCGAGUCCUUAUCCCAGGCCAGACAGGUCCUUGCAGGGAUGAUACAGGAUGCAGAUUUUGAUCACUUGAGGGAGCUUCAGAGUCCAGUAGGGGAUUAUAAAUCAGACAGGAAACCCUCUGACUGUGACUCCAUACAGUGUGCUGCUAAACUGUUAAUCAAUCACAUGGUGAAUCACAUGUGUCAUUUCCCCAUGGGGUCUGGAGCAUCACGUCUGUCAUCCUCCAUACAAGAACAUCACGAUCUGGAGGAAGUAGAAGUUAAUGAUCUAAAACAGGACAUCUUCUAUUCCUCCAACAUACAGUUCUUUGUGCAGAAUAAGAAAACCUUGAUAUCAUUCAUUGAGUUACCUGCCUUGGUGGACUUACCUGGGGGUGGUGUAACUGUGGGACUGACCACAGCUCGUACUGUGUGUAGAGUAUUGCUGAGGGACCUGACGGGGAAAUAUGCCUGGGAAUCUUCUAUGUUGUAUGCACCUCCUUGGUGUCAGGAGGGAUCCUCUGUUAAAAAUGCCAAAGCUUUGUUAGAUAUGUCAAGUGCAGGUGAACUUGAACCUUUGUUGCUGCAUGAUGACCAGGAUAUUGCCCACAAUGAGACAGAGAGACCUAGUUCUGAGAUGCCUCUGUAUAACCUUUCACUGCCUCAUCAGGACAACCUGAAUGAUAUGUUGAGGUAUAUAGGUCACACCAGUCCUGAAUGUCAUUUAAUACCUGGGGAGCCACUGAACCUGGAGGCAUCCACACCUGAAGGAUUUAGUAGAGAGAGUGAAGAAGCCAUAAAGAGGAUGGUUCUACAUCAGAAAAACAAUGAACUGCAGUACUACAGCAAACAUAAGGCAGACAGAGGUAUGUUGGCCAAACCUCAGGUUCCCAGUGAAGCUGAAGAGACAAUGCCUCCAUUCCAGAUGUGUAGGAUGCUGCUGGACCAAUUAGGACUGCUUGCAUGGGAACAGAGAUGCCACUUUGACCUUUUGAGGAAGAGUGAUAAACUUUUGAGAGAACUGAAAAAUCUGGACAAUCAAAAAUGUCGUGAAACACAUAAGUUUGCUGUGAUAUAUGUGGCUGAGGGCCAAGAAGACAAGAAUUCUAUCCUCUCAAAUUGUGGAGCAAGUAAAGCAUUUGAAGACUUUGUAGCAGGGCUAGGAUGGGAGGUGGACUUAGAGACUCAUCAGGGUUUUUUAGGAGGACUCCAGCAAAACAGGACCACUGGAGAUACAGCACCAUACUACGCCACGUCACUCACAGAGUGUAUAUUUCAUGUCUCUACAAGGAUGCCUUCAGGCUCUGAUGAUGCAAUGCAUAUAAAGAUGAGACAUUUAGGAAAUGAUGAGAUUCACAUUGUCUGGUCAGAGCAUACCCGCGAUUACAGACGAGGAAUUAUUCCGACAGAGUUUGGGGAUGUCCUCAUUAUCAUUUAUCCACUACCCUCAGGGUUGUACAGAAUUGAGAUUAACAAAAAAGCAGAGGUUCCUUUCUUUGGACCUCUGUUUGAUGGUGCAAUAUUAGACAGGAAGGUUCUACCAGGUCUAGUCAGGGCUACAGCAAUCAACGCUAGUCGUGUCAAGCGAUCCUUGCUGCCAUUUUAUCAUUCAUUUUAUGAAGAACGAGCCAAGAACUUUGAGACAGUCAUACAGCAGCAUGUUGCUUUCACAAUGUUUGAAGACUUUGCUGCAAAUGUGUUCGCACCUGUCCUCCCUCAGAAUGCCAUGAUUAUGGACCAAUCCCAGGACCUAAGUAUCACUGCCAGCAUGACAUCAGUCGAUCAGUCACAAAACAGCAUCGGGGAGCAGGUGUCCCCUGCCCUGCCCAGACAAAGCAGAGCUGGGUCGAGUGAUACAGGAAUAUUUGAGAGAACAGCCAGAAGAUUGUCCCUAAAUCGGAGGAAAGCCUCAAAGACUAGUCAGCACCAAACCCCUCCAGAGAGUCCCGAGGCCCGUAUUAAAAAGUCCUGACACCACAAGGCAUCACUAGUUCUACAUACGCCUAAGCAAGACCACAACAGAAGUCCAGGAACAUUUCAAGAAAAAAACUGUGAUAUUCCUGAUUUUACUCGUGACCCACAUGUGCCAAAGAUUUAAACUCAGUGCUCGAAAUGGCUUGUUUAUUUUUUUUUUUUUUUAACUUUUCUUGUUAUGGAUCAUUUAUUUGAUUUUUCAUUGAAAAAUAAUGUAUUAAUCUUCUAUUGUUUUCAUGGAGUAUUAGAGAACUUGAAUGUCCCAUUCUCUAUUCAGGCAAUAAUCAUUAACAUAAUUUUAAUAAAUGCAUAUUUUAUUUAUUAUAUUAUAUAAGAAAUAAUAAAAAUUUGAUGUGUGGAACAAGCCUACAUACACAUUUUAUUGUUGUCAUGGCAGCAAGCAUUCAUAUUGUUAUCUGUGUUUGUGUAUCUGUGUUUGUGUAUGUAUGACUAGGAACAAAUAAUCAAACUUGAUGUGCAAUAAUUAUUUCUGUAAUUUACUUAUGAAUAAAGUGUCUUUGCCACAGA